CCAACACGUCAUCGCCGCUGACAGUCCAAUCAGAUUACUCGGUUUGACGAGCCGUAGUCGCUCGUGUUGAAUGAAGACAAGUCGCUCCUCUCUCUCAAAACAUAACGAGUGUGACAGACAGACAGACAGACACACAAACACACACACGCAUACACACACGCAAACACAACAGGACUGCAGCCGCACACACCGUCCUCCCGCUAGCCCUCUCCCCGUCAUGAGUAUCGCGGUGCCGUUCCAAGAUGGGGUAUUUGCAGGGGACCCCCCCGUGCACUGCGCCCCGCCUAGGGUACGCACUGUUGACGUCUCCAUGGAAACUGUGGCCUCCGCAUGGGUGCAUGACGCUGCCUCGUCCUACCAGGGUCAGGAGAACCAGCAUCUUUCAUCCUAUGGGGGUCUGUGUCCUCAACCAGAAGCAACCAUUAAGCUCUCGCCUCACCUGCACAGGAACAAACAGCUGCAGGACACCCUUCAACAGAGAGAGGAGGAGUUGGCCCGGCUGCAGCAGGAGAACGACAAACUGAGACACUUCCUCAGCUCCUCGUUUGUGAAGAACCUGGAGGAGAAGGUCAAGGGCCUCAGUUCAGACCAUAGGAGUAACCUUAAAAGAUGUCUCCAGCAAGACCACAGAACCGACCAGAACCUCAGUUCCUGUCGGUCACACCCAGCUGCCCAGCGCAUCAGCACUCGCGUUUGUCGCAAUCUCUUCCCUGAGUUCUGCUCUGACCCAGGUCCCCCCAGGGAACCAAACCUAGACCUCUGGGUUCUCCAGACACUGGGCCUCAAAGACCGGGACACCAUCGAUCCUUCUGCCUCCCCCAACUCCUUCCGACUCAACCCGUCCUCUUCUUCCAUCCGACGGCUUACUCCUCCUCAUCAGCCCUCUUCCCACUUCAGUGCUCCUUCUUCCUAUGAGCCUUCGGCCAUCCUGCCGGACCUUUCUCAGUCCCUCUCGUCCUCAUCCUGUGACUUUGUUCUGACUUCCCGUCCAGACCACCCUGACCUCACCACGUCUACCAGCCUUCAGCAUUCCCAUGCGGACAGUGCUAAUGCUAACAUUACUGCCACUCAACACCAAGAUGCCUACCACCCCUGCUACUCUCCAGACCAGUGCAAUGACAUCACUGCUCACUAUUCUGCCACGACAACAGAUCACUACCACACCAACACUGCCCUCCCAGCUCCCCUGAUACAGGGCCCCAAACAGCCCAAUACUGCCGUCCUAGCCCCCCCCACAAAGGGCCCCAAACACCCCAACACUGCCGUCCUAGCUCCCCUCACACAUGGGCUCGGCCAUUCACUUGGAGCUGAGGGCAUUACACCAGGCCUACCUGGGCUCGGUUCUUGGUCUGCCUCAGGUCCAGAUCCUCCGACACACAGCCACCACAGCCUUCAACUCUCCCCCGUCCCCACCCAAGCUCUGACGAGCCAGACCCACACCGCCCCGAUCCCACACCCAGGGGCCGUCCCUUCCUUUCAGAUGCUCACGCCCCCUCCCACGCCUCGCAAAGACGUGGUGUUCAGAGGGUCCCUCAGUCCCUCCAGCAGCUUCAAGACCCAUAGCUUCCCCCAGGGACAGGCCUUCAUCAGGAAGGACACACAGGGCUGCUGGAGCUUCACCUGGAUCCCGAAACAGAAUCCCUAGACUGGGGCUUCAGCUGGAUCCCGUAACAGAAUCCCUAGACUGGGGCUUCACCUGGACCCCGAAGCCGAAUCCCUAGACUGGGGCUUCACCUGGAUCGCGAAACAGAAUCCCUAGACUGGGGCUUCACCUGGACCCCGAAAUCGAAUCCCUAGACUGGGGCUUCGCCUGGAACCUCAAACAUGAACUCUUGACCUUGGUCUUACCUGGAUUCUCAAAAAGGGGCUCUAGACUGGAGCUUCAUCUGGAUCGUCAAACAUGAGCUCUUGACCUGAGUUUAACCUGUAUCCCCACAAAGGGGUGCUACAAUAGCUGCUGCUGCCAUGCCCCCCUUUCGUUCCUGAAAGGGAAGCUCUGCCUGGAGCUCUGGUCACAGAAAGAUUGUCCAUUUGCUUAAACCUUAUGAAGGACCAGGAGAGAGAGAACUAACAUUUAGCUGAGGAACAUUUUUGGUGCUACGUUACACACUGCACACUGUACAGUAGCACACUGCCGGUAUACUCUAAUGUGAGAAGGUUCCAGAGAUACAUGGAGCCCGUGACCUGCGACCAGGAACAUUCAACCUGAAACAUGCAACCUGAAACAGGCAACUAGGAACAUGUGACACAGAACAUGUGACCAGUUACCUGGAAAAAAAAUGUAAUAGCUACUUGAGAUUGACCGAUUGGUUCAGCUAGUUGGACUUGGUGGUUUCUUGGUUACUAGUUUCAGCUGCUGCUUACCAGCGGCCUUAACUUGUUGGAUGCUAGUUAGCUAGUUGUACCUGCUACUUAACUGGUUAACGAUGUAGACGUUUUUGUACUAUCAUAUGCGAUGGUUUGGUGAGGAGAUAUUAAAGAUUUUAA